AUGAACUUCUCCACCUCCAACAGUGAGGGCAGCUGCGGUCCGCCUUCAUACACCGAUGACGAGUCUCCGUUCAUCAGCCACUUCCACAAACCCAGAGUUCAGUUUCUAGAGAUGGACACGGAGGCCAGCAGCUCGGACAGCUCUCUGGUACUAGAUAAAGUGAAGACGCCACAAUUCUUUAAGAGAUUCCGGAAAGAAUUUGCACAUUGGACGGAUGUAAACGACAAGCUGGAGAAAGAACUGUCUGACCAGAUCAAGAUCAACUCAGAAAAAGAGGGUUUGAUGGUCCAGCCGUCAGAGGAAAAGACCAUGUUCCGCUACUAUUGCGAAGCAAUCCUGAUCCUCGGUCACUUCCAGAGACCAGGAGCGGUGGAGGGAGUAACAGUAAGUGUUAAGACCCCAACAUCACGAGCCAGCAGAUACGUCGGACCGUGCAGACAGAUGUGGCUGCCAACUUUACAGAGGAGCAGAAGGCGUCUGUGGCCCACUACAUGGCCAAUUCCAAUGCAGUGGCAAACCAGCACUAUAGGAUGAAGACCCUAGAUGCUAUCGUGGCCACUUCAAACCUGCUCAGCUCCCUGACACGCUCCUCUUCUGACGACUCUGGUGAAGAGGGCACCCAGGCAGUGAAGAGAAGGCGGGUGGAAGAAGAGGUCCCAGCCCCGGACUUAAAUGCUUUCCUGCAGGCCUUCCCUGUGGGAAUCACUGGCCAACCACCCAACAAGACCCAGAGAGAAAAAGCUGGGUUCCCCGCCGACAGAGUCUUUUAUGAUAAGUGGAGGGCUCUGCAGUACAGCCUUCGGGAGCAACAUCUUUUGGCAAAAUUCUCAAGACGUAGCCCAACUGCAGCGAUGGUGGCCAAAGUCAUAGAUGCAGAGGGCUGGACGGCCAAUCAUCCUCGUCCAGAGGACAUCAUGGCGAAGUGGAGGCCGCUCAGCAGAGCACAGGCGGAGAGUGACCCGUGCAUCAUCAAGGGGGUGACCAGGCAGAAAUGGUCGGGUCUGGCUGUGAAGGACUUUGGGGAGCAGAAAGGCGUUGUUGCAACCAAGGCCUUCGGGAAGGGCUCCAUCCUGUGUGAUUUCCACGGAAAGGUGAUCACAGGUGCUGAGGGCAGGGAGAUGGCAGAGACGCAGGACCAGCUGGGAAACCUGUUUUUCUUCAAACAUGGCCCUGACGAAAUCUGCAUCGAUGCGGAGACUUUCCCCUGUGAGUGCCACCCGUCUCUGGAAACCAUCGGGAGAUGGAUUACACACUCAAAGAAGAAGUGCAACAUGCAGCCAUGCCACUGCAUAGUGAAGCUUCAGGGGGGAGACAGGCACGUCCUGCUCUUUCAGGCCACCACGGACAUUAAGAAAGAUGAUAAGAUCUGCUUCGACCACGGCAUCAAGAAGAGGACUUUUCGUGGGGAGAUAGAGGAGCUGGAGUGGCUGAACAUUUGAUUCUUUACAAUUUGUGUCACAUUUUAUGACACAAGACUAUGAACUAUCAAUGAUUUGUUUGUCAACUGUGAGCUCGCGAAUGAACUAUAGAUGUUUGGACAAAAUUGGGAGCUUGCGUAUGGACUUGAUGUUCAUGUAAAAGGAGCCUCAAUAGCGUCUAAACAUUGUAGUUUCAUGUAAAUGGAGCCUCAGUGUGACCAAUGAAAUAAUUGACCUUGAUCUACGUCCUGGAGCUGGAGUGGUUGGAUCUCUGACUCUAUUUUUUCAGACUGUGAUUUUGCCGGACGUCUGCUUGCCUCUCACAGACCAUGUGUGACAAAUUUAAAUGGAGCCUCGUUGUGAACUGACAACCCAGACAGACUGUAUUGUAAGUAGAGUAAAGUACUUAUUGUAAGUGUAUUGUAAAUACUUUGUAUUGUACAUGAAUUUAUGCUCACUAAAGUUAUAAAUC